AUCAACCAUGAGUUGCUCUUCAGGAACUCUUCCUAUUACAGUAGAAGUAUACUGUACAUUACUCCAUUAUGCAUUGACAUCGUGACACUACUGUAAAUAGCAACUCUAAACCAGAAUUUAAGCACUCGGUUGGUCAGAUCAGAGGAAGUUCACAACCACAGGAGGAGCUGAUGAUGAUUAAAGGAGGAGCUGUAACUAUAUAAUGAAGAGAGAGACUGACAGAAACAGAAAAUGGCUGAUAAGUGUGAUCUGUGUCUGCUGGGACUGAUCAUUCUCUCUUCACUUCUCACAGGUACCAGUGGAUUGAAUGAUGCUCAUGUGUUCAACAGCUCUGGUGAAAAUGAAACUGUCCGUCUGCCCUGUAAUAAUGCUCUUUCUGACUGUAAAUCAACUACAUGGAUCUACAGCAGACAUUCAGCAGCAGUUGAACUGAUUGGUUUAGGGAUAAAGAAGAAAGACACAGAGAGACAUGAGAGACUGAGUCUGGGGUCUGACUGCUCUCUGAACAUCAAGAACAUCACAGAAGAAGAUUAUGGAUUAUACAUCUGCAGACAAUAUGUGAAUGACAAACAACCGGCAACUGAUGCACGUGUUUUUCUGCAUAUUCUUCAUGUGUCUCCAUCAUCAUCAUCAUCCUCACAGACUGAGAUCAGUCCAGGUCGCUCUGUGUCUCUGUCCUGUCAGUUGUAUUCUAGAUUCUCCUGUGAUUCUGAGGGACUUCAGCUGUUGUGGGUGAAUCAGGCUGGUGUUGAUCUGACGACAGACUCCAGAUAUCAGAUAUUAUUCUCAUCAGAUCACUGUAUCAUCAAUCUGACUACAACACUCCUGAAUGAAGAUGACAACAGAGAGUGGAGAUGUCAGCUUACUCUCAGAAAUCAACUCCAGACCUCAGUCAGAUACACUGUCAAGUAUUCAGUCAGCAGCUCAAACUCUGAGAAGAAAUCAAGCCAAACUACAGCAGCAGCUCCUACACAAGAUCCAGCUGACACAGCAUCAGAAACUGAAGUCAGUGUGACUGCUGGAUCAUUAUUCAGAGUGAUUGUGAUUAUUGUUGAGAUGGCAGUGUUUGCUGCUCCUACUGUGAUUCUUCUUCAGAUCAUCUGUGCAAGAAGAGCUGGGAGGAAGGACUCGCAGCACCCAGAGGAAAUAGAGAUGCCUACAAUAUUACAAUAAAAUACUGCUGAGUUUGGAGACAAUCUGAAACAAGAUUUAAAACAGCAGAAACUCACAGAGGAUUGUUCAUCGUUUGAUUUUCUUCUUCUCAGAAAACAGAGAAAAAACUCCCUGAAGAAAUAGUGACGCCAUCAAGUUUAGAUUCAAAUAUCUUUUACGAAUAAAAGGCCAGAUUUAUGUUCAUUUAUAUGGUUUAUGGAUAUUUUCCUACAGUGUUGAAUGUCAUUUUCUUGUGGUUCAUAUAUAAACUGCUUUAUAAUAUUAAUACAGUAAUGGACAGACUGUUUGUAAAAUCCUCUCUCUGUUCUGUGUGAUGAAGAUGAUUUGGUGAUUCUCAUAUCUUGUCUUUUCAUUCCUGUUUUUAGCAUCUUUGUUCAUUUUGAAUGAUUUCUACUAAUUUUCUUAAUUAAACCUCUGUAAUUGUUUAAUAUGUCUCCUUUCCUGAGAUGUUUGUCACAAAUAUGGUGAUUCAUGAGCUUGUAAUGUGAGGAUGAACAGCAGCAAAGAUAAACUAAUAGUGAAAUGAUUCAUUCAUGUUCAUAAUAAUUCAUAUAACUUUAUUCUGGUUAGUUCAGAAAUCCACUUUGAUAAACUAAUGACUUUAACACACUUCAUCUUCUCUCACAGCCGGUCACAAGAGCACAGUUAUUGGUUUAGACUUAUAAACUGAAAAGAUAGAGUUGAAUGUCAUGCAGCACUUAAAGAAAGAAGAGGAAGUGACAUCAGAAUGAUUGAGUGUAAACUGGUUCAGAGAUGAUCACUGAAACUAACUGAGUUCAGAGUAACAUGUUUCUAAAGCUCAACAGUGAGAUCACAGCUCUGAAAACACUACAACUGAUACAACUGCCAUUUUGUUUGCGUUCUGUGUCGGUGACGUCAAAUGGUUGCUCUCGGUGAUCUACUGACACUGUCAUAUUGCUAUUUUUAAUGCAACGCAAUUCUGAAUAUAAUAUACGAUGCCACAUUGUGCAGCUUUUGGUUGUAAUUUUCAGUCGAUGAGCCACAAGAGAAGCGAUGUCAGUCUUCACUGCUUUACUAGUGAUAAGAGGAGAAAAGAAUGGGAAGUUGUUUUGAAUGUGGACGAAUAAAACUUCCUAACUGUGUAGGGUUGGGUAUCGAGAACCGGUUCCAUUUUAGAACCGGUUCCAAAUUUCAAAGAACCAGGGAUUUGAUACGAUGCGCGCAUUUCGAUUCUGUUUAUCGAUUCCUGACUUUUUUCAGUCAUUCUCGCACAGUGAACGGCAGUGAGCAUUUUACAGUUGUAUCUAUCUGCUAGGACCUGCGACAAGGACCUUACGAUCGGCACUGACUUUUGCUUCAACACAGCAUUAAUCUGAAGGAAUGCAUCGUGUUUAAGGGGCCGUUCACAUGUCGCGUCUAAAAACACGUGGAAAGCGUGGCCGCGCCGCUUUCUCCUCCUUCACAAAGCGAUUUCGCUCCCGUGGCGUCUGUCGUUGCUAUGCAACCAUGAACUGCGCUCUGCACGAUGACGAGGAAGUAUCAGCAAAGGAUUAAUUGAUUUAUAGCCCUUGCAUUAGCUUUACUACUAGAUAUAUUUAUGGAGAUGAGAAAUAAAACCCAGCUGAGCUUUUGAUGUUGUUACGGAAAGGCCGAAGCUGAUCGGUUGAUUCUUGUCACAUGACCUGCGGUGCGCUUCAUUCUGAAAAGCAUAUAGGCAUGCCUGGAAACAUUUGAAACAACAAACAUUUGAAAAAACGCACCUACAUUUGAAAUAACUAACUUGCACGUGCAAAAGACGCGAUAUGUGAACGGCCCCUAACUCUCCCAGCCGCGAGUCCUGCUACAAAGCACCAGAUGCAGCUAAUAUUAGCAAUAGCAGCGUCACACACUCGAGUACAAAAACAGUUACAGCCUACUAGUUAUAGCCUAAAUGUGGCAAGAAUAAGAGAUAAAAACAUUCUUGAAGUAUUUGCUCUUUUUUUUCUCUCCAUAAAAAAAUAUUGGAAUCGGAAUCAAGAAUCGAUAAGAAGAUUCGAUAAGCAGAAUCGGAAAUCGCUAAAAUUAAAAUGAUACCCAACCCUAUAACUGCGUCUUUGUUCUAUUAAUUGAUCAAGACUUUUCGUUCAAAGCCCCCUUGUUUCUCGUUACCACGCCCCCUGGUUUAUUCCUCGUUAGUGUGAUUGUGUCCACCUGAUGUGCUGUUCCCUUUAUAUAUUGCCUCUUUCCCUCAUGUCAUUGCUGGUUUGUUGUGUUCAUUGUGGGGUUUUCAUGUUACUGCUGUUUUCCUUACUCUAGUCUUAGUCUUGUUAGUGAUCUUUAUUUCAGUCAUAGUUAAGUUACAGCCUUGGUGAAUUCAAGUCUUGUUUUGUUUUGUUAUUUUGAGUCUUGCGAACAUCCUGGCCACAUUUGCCCAUUGGCCUCUGUCCAUCAUGGCCUCCAGCUGGUGUGUGGUGGGCGUUCUGGUGCAAUAUGGCUGCCGUCGCAUCAUCCAGGUGGAUGCUGCACAUUGGUGGUGGUUGAGGAGAUUCCCCCUUCCAUAUGUAAAGCUCUUUGAGUACCCAGAAAAGCGCUAUAUAAAUGUAAGGAAUUAUUAUUAUUAUUAUUAUUAUUAUUAUUA